GUAGGGUGUCGCGCUAAGUACGCACAGUACGCAGUGGUGUAAAAAGUGGCGCAAAUGUGGAAAAAAAACAUGGCCAAAGAAGAGGACGUGAUACGAGAGUUCGUUGUGAGAGAACUGCACAAGUGUUCGGAUCUCAGUACACUGACUUUAGGCAUUUUGCGGAGGAGAUACCUGGAGAAGGUGGGUAGAGAGUCGCUCAGCACCAAGGACAGACAGUUGAUGAAGAAAAUAGUCGAGGAGGAACUUUUGAAGAUGCAGGGCAGCAGUGAUGAUGAGCCUCUUAUUAAAAGUGUGAAUCCUUCAAAGAGCCAGAACAAAAGGAAAAGGGGGGAUGAUGACAACGAUGAUGGUGGGGAUGAAGAGAAUAAAAUGGUGGGAAAGACAAAGAGAUCACGGCUGGAGGAGUCUUCUCCAGAUUCCCCUGACUCUGGAAUAGAGAAGGCUAUGAACGAGCGAGGGCCAAAAGAGGAAGAAGCUGGAAGUGAUAAAGACACCGGUGAAGACAGUGAGGAGGAGCAAGAGAAAAAGAACAUUAAAAGAAAACCACAGAAUAAGAGACGGGGCAAACAAGAAGAGGACAAUGACAAGAAAAGGAAAACGAAGAAGAAAGGGAAGGUGAUGGAUAGGGAUGAAGAUGAGGAGUUGAUGGAUUCUGAUGAGGAGGAGGCCAGGCAAAAACCACCAUUGAUAGAAAAGAAAAAGAAAGAGGAUUCAGACAGUGAGGAGGAAACCAGUGAUAAACCAGCAAAAAGUGAGUCUGCGAGUGAUUCUGAGGAUGAAAAAGUGAAGAGCAAAGCAAAGACACAGAGCAAAAGAAAAGAUGUCAGAAAAAGGAAGCCGGUCGAGAGGGAUAUUGUGAAAGAAGUGGAGAGGGAAGUGUUUGGGAGCAGCUCUGAAAGCGAGGAGGAGAAAACCGAGAGCACUGAAACAAAAAACAAGAGCAACUCUGAAAAUGAAAGCACUGGAGACAGUGAACAGGAGACAGAUAAAAGAAACCAUGCUGCUGAUUUAUCAUCUAAAGAGACAGAGAAAAAUGAGGAGAAAUUAAAGGACAGUCAGAAGGAAUCAGCAGAGGACUCUGACUCCUCGUCUCUUCCCUCACUGGAGGACGAGGAGGAGCGAGAGAAGGGCAAGAAGGAGGAAAAAAGCGUGACGAAGAAAAAACGCAGUGAGGAUAGGGAAAACACAACCAGAGGAAAGGAUGAAGAGAAUAAGGCUGUGUCCAGGCUGAAGCGCUACAUCGCCCUCUGUGGUGUGAGACGGAACUACAAGAAGCUGUUAGACGGCUGCCGAUCAGUGAAGGCGAAGGUGGCUGUGCUGAAAAAAGAGCUGGAGGAGCUGGGUGUGGAAGGUCAGCCCUCCAUAGAGAAGUGUAAGAAAGCUCGACUAAAGAGAGAAGAAGCACAGGAACUGGCUGAGCUAGACCUCAGCAACAUCAUCACCACUCAGGGACGUCCCAAAAGGAGAGCAGCAGCAGCAGCAUGGCCUCCCGCACAAAAUGCCUCUCCCCCCUCUGCCUAUAAACGUGUUGUGGACUCGGACUCAGAUAUUGGGGAAGACCACACAAACACAGGCCGCAAGAGAGGAGCAGCCUGGGGCAACCUGCAGGGAAUCAUCAGUGAUGAUGGGGAGAGCGACUAGAUGGCAAGUGCCUUGUACAUACAAUCGGUUUCCAGCAUUGCACCUGCUCUCUGUUUUACAACAAACUGUUUAAAACUGUUAAACUUGCUCUAAAGAACCAGUCUGUUCUUUGGCAAAGGAAUUUUAUGUGUACAUCCUCAAUGAUUGUAGGAUGUGUUUGGAUUUUCCUUCCGAUAUGUUUGUUCUAUACUUUCAUGCAUUUUAUAAUUGCUAGUUUGUACUUUGAAGUAUAUUUAAGUGUUCCAAAUGUGUAGAAUGAGGUUCAUGCAGCUUUGAAAAUAAAAUAAUGUAUAUUGAAUUUGUUUUAUAUUA